UUUCCAACCCAUGAUGUUGUAGUAUUCUGAUUAGCAAUGUUGUCUCUCAGGCGGUGGUUCUUUCCUUUAGCCACUCACAGCAGCCUUUCAUGUUCUUCCCGAAUAACCUUGUUUUUGGUUCCUCCUCUGAUACUCAAGAACACCCUAUGCAACAGUUCCAAAAAAAAUGUUAGUUGCUACUCUGGGGAACCUAAUAAGAAAAAUGGGUUUUUCUCAGUUGCCAGUGACCUCCAAUCUUCUUCUUCCUGCCCGAAAGAUUCCCCCUUUUCAGGUUUGGAGGAUGCCUUGGUAAGUUAUCUCUUUGGGAAGAAGAGGGCAACCGACAUUGCUCACAUGGUGUGGAAACAGGUUGUCCAGAAAGGAGACAUUGUCAUUGAUGCUACUUGUGGCAAUGGUUUUGACACCUUAGCAAUGCUUAAUUUAGUCGCUGAUGAUUCACAUGACGGUUAUGUCUAUGCAUUAGACAUUCAAGAAGAUGCUUUGAAUAACACUUCCCUCUUGUUGGAAAAGUCACUUAGUUCUAAUGAGCGACAACUUGUCAAGCUCUUCAAUAUCUGCCAUAGUAAAAUGGAGAAUGUUGUUGCAAGGAAUGCAUCAGUUAGGCUCGUUGCAUUCAACUUGGGCUAUCUUCCUGGAGGUGACAAAGAGAUAAUAACAGUAUCAGAAACAACAUCACUGGCAUUGGAAGCUGCCAAGAGAAUUCUGAUGCCAGGUGGUCUCAUCAGCAUAGUGGUGUAUGUGGGGCACCCUGGAGGACGUGAAGAAUUGGAAGCUGUUGAAUCUUUUGCUACUAAAUUGUGUGUUGAGAAUUGGAUCUGCUGCAAGCUCCAGAUGUUAAACCGUCCAUUUGGUCCAAUACCAAUUUUCUUGUACCGAAGAUGAUGCUAAUUAAUUUAAUACUGCUCUUGUUUCUGAGUUGUAUUCACCCUAUUAUGAUGAUUAUGCUAAUUAUUUCUGGUUGAAUUAUUAUUUUUUUAUAUUCCUAAUUA